GUACUGUGGAUCUAUAAAACUCGAAUAACUCGCGCCUGACUUUUAUUAUACUUGGACUACGCCCUGAGCAACGCAAUUCAGCAUGGAGAAGGACGCUGAUGGCUUCUACACUGGCCCUGCACCCGCCGCGAAACCGAAAGCAACCGAGGAGCCUGCGCCUGAGCCUCCGAAAGACGCGCCAACGGCCGAAGGAUCAAAACCCGGGCAGGCCACAGAUCUGAUCAAAUCGACCUUCGAUGUUACCGUUACUCUGGCCGAUCAACAGGCUGAUGUCAACUCACCCUUGUACAGCGCGAAGACUUUCGAGGAGCUAGGCUUACACGCGGAUCUUCUCAAGGGUCUGUACGACAUGGGUUUCUCGAAGCCGUCGAAGAUUCAAGAGCGCGCGUUGCCGUUGUUGCUCAAGGAUCCCCCGCAGAAUAUGAUCGGGCAGUCGCAAUCCGGCACAGGGAAGACGGCCGCCUUCGUCCUCACGAUGCUUAGUCGAGUCGACUUCAACCUGAACAAGACCCAGGCACUUUGCCUCGCGCCUACGCGUGAGUUAGCUCGUCAAAUCAUGUCGGUCAUCGUCGCCAUGGGCAAGUUCACCCCGGUGCAGACCGAAUACGCAAUCAAGGAUAGUCUGCCGAAGGGCGCGUCACGAAUCACUGCCCAUAUUGUUGUCGGAACUCCUGGGACAAUGAUUGACUUGAUGCGGAAGAGAAUUCUCGACACCAGCGACGUCAAGGUGUUCGUGUUGGAUGAGGCCGAUAACAUGUUGGAUCAAGAUGGUCUUGGCGAUCAGACUCUUCGUGUCAAGAACUCGCUUCCGCGGGGGAAGCCUGUACAGAUCAUCUUGUUCUCCGCCACCUUCCCCGACCACGUCCGGAACUUUGCGAGCAAAUUUGCUCCGAAUGCCAACAAGAUCGAGCUGAAGCAGAAUGAACUGUCCGUGGACGCUAUCCGACAGUUCUACAUGGAUUGCAAAAACGAAGAACACAAAUACGAUAUUCUUGUCAGCCUUUACUCCUUGCUCACGAUCGGUCAAAGCAUCAUCUUCUGCGAGAGGAAACAUACAGCCGAUAGGGUAGCCCAGCGUAUGUCUAGCGAAGGGCACAAAGUCGCUUCUCUUCACGGCGCCAAAGACACGUCGGAGCGAGACUCGAUCAUCGACAGGUUCCGCGAGGGUCUGGAGAAGGUGCUCAUCACAACCAACGUCAUGGCUCGAGGAAUCGACGUCUUGCAAGUCAAUAUGGUGGUCAACUACGAUCUACCUCUUCUGAACGAACGCGACAAGUCAAUAUCGAAGUCGGACAUGCGACCAGACUUGGAGACGUAUAUUCACAGGAUCGGCCGUACCGGUCGGUUUGGACGCAAGGGAAUCUCGGUAAACUUCGUACACGACCAAACGACGUGGAAGCAGAUGGAGCAGAUCGAGAAGGCGCUUGGACGGCAGAUUAUCCGUAUUGAGACGAAUGAUUUGGACGAGAUGGAAGAGACCAUGAAGAAAUAUCUGAAGUGAUGAACAUAGAAUAUCUACGUUGUGAUCUAUGUGACCUCAUGCUCUGAUUGUUUGUAUGUCAUGUACUUGAGGUGAAAGCAGG